CUGAGGGCCACAGACGGCUCCGACAGCAGCUCGGCCGUCCCCACGAAGACACUCGGUCCUCUGAGAGCGUCGGCGAGAGCCAAGCCGAGCGAUCAUGAUAUUCCUCAUGGACCUGCAGAUGAUGCUGCUGGACAUGAUUUACUUCAUCCUACGCAACACACUGCGGGUCGUCCUGCGACCGCGGAUCAAGCCGAUCGACGGCGAGCUGGUGCUGAUCACCGGGUCGGGAGGAGGCCUGGGUCGCCUCUUUGCCCAGGAGUUCACCAAGCAGGGCGCCGAGGUGGUGCUGUGGGACGUGGACGGUGCGGCCAACGAGCGAACGGCUAAGCUGGUGCGCGACCUGGGGGGCAAGGCGCACGCCUACACUGUGGAUGUCACCGAAAGGGAGGACGUGUAUCGUAAUGCCGAUCUGGUGCGGAAGGACCUGGGCCGGGAUGUCACCAUGCUGGUGAACAACGCCGGAGUGGUGGCUGGCGAACGGGUGCUGGACUGUCCGGACGAGCUCAUCGAGAGGACCCUGAGGGUCAACUGUCUCGGACUCUUCUGGACAGUGAAGGCCUUCCUGCCUCAGAUGAAGGCCAAGGAUCACGGCCACAUCGUGACCAUCGCCAGCGUGCUGGGCCUCUUCAGCACGGGCUGCGUCGAGGAUUAUUGCGCCAGCAAGUUUGCCGCGGUGGGCUUCCACGAGUCCCUUGCUCACGAGCUGCUGGCUGAAGAAGUGGAGGGGGUGAAGACCACACUGGUGUGUCCUUACAUCGUGGACACCGGCAUGUUCGAGGGCUGCCAGAUAAGAAAGGAGAUGGAGCUCAUCCUGCCUCCUCUGGAUCCUCAGUACUGCGUGGAGCAAGCAAUGAACGCCAUCCUCAUCGACCAGCCCCUCGUGUGCAUCCCACGUCUUACCUACCUGCCUGUCCUAUGCAGAGCGUUGCUGCCAUGGGAGUCCAAUGUGGUUUCGUAUCGUUUCAUGGGCUCCGACAAGUGCAUGUAUCCCUUCAUUGACGCCAAGAAGAAGCAAAUGUUAAAUGGCUAUUUGAAGUCGUCCAACCUCGCUAUCUCUUCUCCCUGGAGCUUCACUCUUCCUCCUCCGCCCCUAUCAAACAUGCACAUACAUUCUCUUUUACUUCGGCUAAACUUCACUCCUCUUCUUUCCAGUGCAUGCCUCCAUCUUUCUGAUUUUUCCUCCACCUGCUCCCUACUUUCACUGCAGAUCACAAUAUCAUCUGCAAACAUCAUGGUCCAAGGGGAUUCCAGACUAACCACGUCUGUCAGCCUAUCCAUUACUGCCGCAAACAGGAAGGGGCUCAGUGCGGAACCCUGAUGCAUUCCCACCUCCACCUUAAAUUCUUCUGAUACACCCACGGCACAACUUACAGCUCUUCUGCUGCACUAAUACAGGUCCUGUACUAGUCCA